AUAGACCGCUGGACAUCCCGUCGAAUGUUUCACCUCCACAGCAGUCAGAAAACGCAGACAGACGUAAAGUGGGUUUCCACCAUGCAGCUCACCUGGGUUUUAAUUUGCUUUGCUUUGUCCGUCUCAGCUGAAGAAUGGUGCUACCAGUCACAGGUUAACGGCAACAGCACCUGUUCAGGUCCAGAUGCGUGGAAGACAAUUGUUCCACAAUGCGGUGGCAGAUCUCAGUCUCCAGUGAACAUCGUGACGAAGAAAUCGGUCAAAGACGAGCGCCUUACCCCGCUUCAGUAUGACGGCUACCAGGAGGCGUCUGACGUCCUGCUCAAAAACAACGGUCACACCGUUCAGCUGGACUUGCCUCCUGGUAUCGUGAUCAGUGGAGGACAGUUGGCUGCAAAUUACAAAGCCCUUCAGCUCCAUCUGCACUGGGGCAAGGACGGCUCACCUGGAUCCGAACACACGAUUGAUGGAGAGCAGUUUCCCAUGGAGAUGCACAUUGUCCACAUCAAAGCAAAUUACAACUCAUUGUCCGAGGCUACAGGGGACCCCAGUGGAAUUGCAGUUCUUGGAUUUUUCUUUGAGGAGUCUGCGUCUGAGAAUAAGAAGUACUCUUCCCUAGUUGAUGCUCUGAAGCGGAUCGUUAGACCCUCCAGUAACGCCACGCUGCCAGGCAUCUCUCUGGAAAUGCUUAUUCCCCCUCAGAGCAGCUUGGAGAAAUACUUCCGCUACGACGGCUCCCUCACGACUCCUGGCUGCGCUGAAGCCGUCGUCUGGACGCUGUUUGAAAGCACCAUUCCUCUGAGCGGCAGUCAGCUCUCUGCAUUCUGGCAGCUUCAGUUUCCCGAAGGGGAAGAAAUGGUUCAGAACUACCGGCCAGUGCAGCCUUUGAACAGCAGGCGUGUGCUCUACUCUAAAGGAAGCGCUGUCCUGGUCAGCUGGGUGCUGCUGGUCACGUCGCUGCUGCUUCCCACUGUCUGACGGACAAAAAGCUCUGUUUCACGCAGACUCCGUUGAGAAAUGUGGUGAAUGUUUGACUGUUAAAAACAUGUAGAGAAACUGAACAGACUAUAUAUUAAGGCUGAAAGCUUUUGUUUUGUUUAAAUAUUUACUGACAUUUUCAGAAAUCAGAGUGUGAUCGUGGUUGUAAAGUUACAUCAUUAUUUAAGUUUCAAAGAUUACGGUGAUUUAUUUAAAAGGUGUCUUUGAUUUUUUUUUUUUUUUGUGCCUCUAAGCAAAUAUUUUGUCUGUCUUAAGUUAAGCUCGAGUUAUUUUUGAAUUUGUAACUAUUCACAUCAAAAUGUAACCAAAAAUAAAGAGAGAUUUU